AUUAGAGUUCUUUAGUAAUUUUUUGGCAGCUACGAACUUGGAGCAUAUACAUAAGCUCCUUGAAAUGUAACAUGUCACGGGCUACACUUAUCUAGUUAAUAAUAGACAUGAAAAACGCUGCCUCUGCAGCGAUGUAAUGGAAAAAAUAGACUUCUAAAUUAAACCAAAAAAAAAAAAAAGAGAGAAAAUGUUCUUGGACGAAAUCGCUGCUAGGGCAGCAAUUUUUUUUUUAACAGUCAUUGUGUCAGAGGGAAAUCGCUUCCUCAGCUAGAGGUGACUGGCAAACAGUGUGUUACAGGGUACAAUUAAAUCAAAGUGUGAUUAUGACAUUGAAAUUUAAUUUAUUAGUGUGCAAUUUUCCUAAUACUAUUUAUCAAAGUAAACACAUGGACACAUAUUGCUGGUUGCCUAGUGAAUGUCAGCAUAGUUUACAAACACACCUAUCCUAUAGUAUAUCAGAUCAAACUGAAAGGAAAAAUGGCAGCAGCGUCAAGGCUUGUAUCUUUUGCUGAAAAGAUUAUUAAGCCUCAUCGUGCUACGCCUUUAUCACUUGGGCGUUAUAAUCUUUCUAUAAAUGAUCAAAUCAUGGUUCCAUUCUACCAAUCAAUUGCAGCCUUUUAUCCUAACCCCUCCAAAACACCAGAACAAGUAUCCAGCAUACUUGAAAAUUCACUAUCCAAAGUUUUAUCCUCUUACUAUCCAUUUGCUGGAACACUCAGAGACAACACUUUUGUCGAUUGCAAUGACAGGGGAGCCAAAUUUAUGAACGUUAGAUACGACUGUCCAAUGUCUGAAAUCGCUAAGCUUCCCGACACUGGCCCUGAAUAUCUACCUUUUGCUAAAGGUAUACAUAACAGUUUACUUUUAGGGGACGAAGAUUUACUUGUUGUUCAAUUAAGCCAUUUUAAUUGCGGGGGAUUAGCUAUAGGUACUAGCAUAUUGUUUUAUCGAAAAAAUGAUUUAUCGAAAAGAGAGUUUGUUUUAUUUUCGACUUUUUGGGAGUCGCCACUUAAUUUUGAGAAAAUUAAGAAAACUUGUUUUCAAAUAAUUAAACAGGGGGGAUCGCGUGAGGGGAAAGGGGAAGGAGGAAAACGGGUUAAAGGAAAGGGCGAUGGGUCGGGUAGGAUGGGUUGGGUUGGAUUAUUAACGUGUUGGGCUGGGAAUAAGAGUGGGCUGAUGGUGGAGUGGGCCUGGCACAUAUCACACAAAAUUGCUGAUGGAUGCACAAUGGCUAACUUCGUUAGUGAUUGGGCUUCCAUAGCUCGUGAGGCGAAUAUUAUACCUUCCCCAACAAUGACUGGAUCGUCUAUUUUUCCGCCUUGCACAAACCUUCCAUCCACUGACAUUUACACGAAUACCAUAGUUAAUGUUCCCAUUGAAAAUAUUAAAAAAAGGUACCGAUUCUCCAAUUCGAAACUUGAGAUGCUGAAAAGUCAAGUGACAUCAGAAGCAGAGGUGCAAAAUCCUAGCCGAGUUGAUGUGCUGUCUGCACUAAUUUACAAGUGCGCUGUAACAGCAGCUCGAGCUCAAGCAAACUCGUUUAAACCAUCCAUGUUGACCCUAGCUGUGAAUUUACGUCCAAUAUUGGAUCCGCCACUAGCCACACGGGCAAUAGGGAACAUGGUUAGUUUUAUCAAAGUGGAAACAACUAGUGUGGAUGAAAUAACAAUAGCCGGAGUGGUUCGUGAGCUAAGGAAAGCUAAAGAUGAAUUCAAGAAGGAGGACCACGUGAACGCGAACAAGCUAGUGGCACUUCAUUCUGAAAAUUUACCGAUUUCUAAUGAAUUUGAAACGUAUAGAAGUCAUAGCAUGUGCAAUUUCCCAUUGAAUAAUUUGGAUUUUGGAUGGGGAAAGCCAAACAAGGUAACAAUUCCCCCAAUUGGGGUUGGAUUCUGCUUCAUUUUAAUGGAUAGUCCCAGUGGAGACGGGAUUGAGGCAAUUGUUGCAGUACCAGAGACAUACGUGACUCAAUUUGAGAACAACAAAGAGCUCCUCCAGUUUGCUACUCCAAUAAAUUAA